AUGGCCAUGCAGAGUUUCCUGCAGUACGUGGGCUCCAGCUCGCUGCUCUGUUUGGCAGCAGGGCUGUUUGCUCUCCUUUACUUUCUCACCAGCUCGAAGAAGUCGGUUUGCAGUUUGCCUCCUGGGCCACGGCCUCUUCCUCUGAUCGGAAACUUGAACGUGGUGGACCUGAAAAAGCCGUUCCAGUCGCUGACAGAGCUAUCCAAGACAUAUGGCAACGUCUUCACCGUGCAUUUUGGACCCAGGAAAGCCGUGGUACUGGCUGGAUAUGAAACCAUCAAGGAUGCCCUUUUAAAUCAUGCUGAAGAAUUUGGAGAGAGGGCAGAAAUACCCAUAUUUAGGAAAAUGACACAAGGAAAUGGCAUAGCAUUCAGCCAUGGAGAGCUAUGGAAAACUAUGAGAAGAUUUACCUUGUCCACACUGCGGGAUUUUGGAAUGGGAAAGAGAACCCUGGAGAUCCGAAUCCUGGAGGAAGUAAAUUCCCUUAUCAAAUAUUUUGAAUCCUAUCAUGGGAAACCAUUUGAUACGAAAGUGAUACUCAACAGUGCUGUAUCCAAUGUCAUCUGCUCGAUAUUGUUUGGAGAGAGGUUUGAAUAUGAUGAUCCUGUGUUUCUAACAUUGCUGGAGCUGAUAAAUCAAAAUGCUAAGCUGUUGGGCUCCCCUAUGGUGCUGUUAUAUAAUUUCUACCCAUACCUUGGAUUUCUCUCUGGAGCUUCCAAGACUGUGCUACAAAAUAUCAGUGAAUUGAACGCUUUCCUCCAGAAGCUCUUCCAGCAACACAAAGAGGAGCUUAAUGAAAAUGACUUAACAGGCUUUGUUGAUGCCUUUCUGGUAAAGCAGCAACAGGAGUCAAAGAAACCCCACACUAUGUUCGACAAUGGAAACCUGAUGUUUUCAACCUUGGACCUCUUUGCUGCUGGGACUGAAACUACAUCUACAACUGUGCGCUGGGGGCUCCUUCUGAUGAUGAAAUACCCAGAAAUUCAGAGAAAGAUUCAGGAAGAAAUGAACCGUGUCAUUGAACCAGGAGAGCUGCCUAAGUUGGAGGACCGGAAAAAAAUGCCUUAUACAGAAGCAGUGAUACAUGAAAUACAAAGGUUUGCCAAUAUUGUCCCUAUGGGUGUAUCACGAUCAACUCCCAGAGAUGUGAAUUUCCAAGGCUAUGUGAUUCCUAAGGGUACUGAGAUUAUUCCACUGCUGACCUCUGCUCUGAAUGAUGAGUUACACUGGAAAACCCCGGAUCAGUUCAACCCUUCCCAUUUCCUGGAUGCCAACGGGAACUUCAUUAGGAGAGAAGCAUUUAUUCCAUUUUCCAUAGGACGAAGGGCUUGCCUUGGUGAAGGACUGGCCAAAAUGGAGCUGUUCCUCUUUUUUGGGGGCUUGCUCCGCAAAUUUGUUUUUCGUCCUCCUCCAGGAGUGGAUAAGUCAGACCUGGAUCUCACUGCUGAUGUCGGCUUUACCUUGAACCCCAUGCCUCACCUGGUUUGUGCUGUGCCCUGUGAAUGAUCAAACAACAUGGCAGUAGAGUAGUGAACACUUUGAGCUUGAAAGCAAGUUUAGUUACAGGGGGGAAAAGCCAUCUGUACCUGAGCUUUAGGGCAAGGAAGACACCAGGCACUGCUAUUUUUCUCAUUCAUGCUAUUUUCUCCAACAGUUCUUGUGGUGUCUCUAAUGCAAACCCUUCAGACAGCCCUGAAUACUGCUCUCAGAAGCAGUGUGAUUCAUUCCUGGAACAGCACACCAGAGAUGCUGUUUUCAGGACUGUUUGAAAGAAUGAAAUGCCUUCAAGCCUCCUCUAUAGAUGUAACCCAUCAGAGGCUCUCCCCUGACAGCCUCCAAGGGGAAUUUCUCAGCCCAAAGUCCAAGCU